AGAAGAAAAGGGUCGACUAGGAGGAGGAGGUGAGAAAUCAAUGCAAGAUGCAGUCUGCAAACAUCUGCGGCAGGAUGGGUCGUAGUGAGGAGCUCAGUGACUUCAAGCGGGGCACCGUGGUGGGCUGUCACCUGUGUAAAAAGUCUGUUCGUGAGAUUUCCGCCCUGUUGAACCUUCCUCGGUCCACGGUGAGCGCUGUCAUCCUCAAGUGGAAACGUGGAGGAAUAACCACGGCUCUGCCCCGGAGCGGCCGCCCGCACAAGCUCAAAGAGGAGGACCGUCAAGUUCUGGAGAAAGUAGCGCUGGAGAACUGUCUGCCCUCCGUGGAGGCUCUCACCGCCGAGUUUCAGACCGCCUCCGGGGCCACCGUGAGCCCCAGGACUGUCCGCCGGGAGCUGCAUGAGAUGGGCUUCCGUGGCCGAGUGUCCACGUACAACAAGCCCAAAGCAGGGGAGAAAGCAGAGAAGAAGCAGGCAGCCACGAGCCAAGAGGAGGCCAAGGUGGACGUGUCUUGUCUGGACCUGCGUGUUGGACGUAUAAUCACAGCUCUGCAGCUUCCAGAGGCCGACAGUCUGUAUGUGGGGCAGGUCGAUGUUGGGGAGGCUUCUCCCAGGACAGUGGUCAGCGAGCUCGCGAAGCACAUACCUCUGGACCAGAUGCAGAACCGCAUGGCAGUCCUGCUGUGUAACCUGAAACCAGCCAAGACAAGAGGAGUUGUGUCGCAAGCUAUGAUCGUGUGCGCCAGCUCAGCAGACAGGGUUGAAAUCCUUGAACCUCCAAAUGGAGCAGCACCAGGGGACAGAGUUACUGUCCAGGGCUUCACAGGUGAACCAGACAAAGAGCUGAACCCCAAAAAGAAGGCGUGGGAGCAGAUUCAGCCAGACCUACGCACGGACAGCCAGUGUGUUGCAACCUACAAGGGCGCUGCCUUUGAAGUCGACGGGAAGGGAGUGUGCAAAGCCCAAACGAUGAGUGACAGUGAAAUCAAAUAAACUAACAGAGCUGCUUGAAAUAGCUCAGUGCAAUUCCCUGCUGCCGGACAGGAUCCAAAGUGUUGUGGAGAGCUUUCCCAGAAGAGAGGAGGCCGCUGUAGCAGCAUAUCAAUGCCCUCAGUUUUGGAACGACAUGUCCAACAAUCACAUGGGUGUUAUGUUUGAGUGUUCACAUACUUUUGUCCUGUGAGGAAGGAAAGUGAUAGUGAAGAGUGUGUCGCCCUCUGUUGGACAGACAUUGAACAUUAUUGUUAAGUUUUUAUUAUGAAAAACUGAAGUUUGGUUUUCGGCCAAUGGAGGGCACUACAGUACCCAUUAUAAUGUACAGUAUGUGUGUGGUGAGUUUGUGAGAACAUAGAGCACACAGUCAUACCCAGCAUGGCGAAAAGAAAACAGAAAUUCUUGCAAAGAAUCCCUCUUAGUCGGGGAAUAUCUGAUAAAAUGUAAAAGCUUUCCCCUGACGCCACAGAGGUCAUUUCCACUGAACUGUGGAUGAAACUCAACAGGGCAGAAGUCCCUUUGAAAGGGAGUUAAACAGUUACACUUUCUUUUGAUAGUAUGGAAAUUAGUUGGAAAUGAGUAGGGAAAUUACUUUAGUUUUAUCUAAAUACGCUUUGCAGGAACUGCUUAAGGACAGUUCUUUGAGCUCCAUCACUUUAAGUCUGUGUAAGUCUAUGUUGGCACAUGAUAGAAAAAGUUCAGUGUGUUAUAUUUCAGUACAAAUAAGCUGUGGGAAAUGGAGGCAUUUAUUUAAGGCUGGGCGAAAUGGAGAAAAUAUAAUAUUACAAUAUUUUGACUAAAUACUUUGAUAAAGGUAUUGUGGCAAUAUUGUAGGGUUGACUAUAGGUGUUUUUACAAAAUAUUUACACAGUGAGACUUUAGAUGAAUCACCAGUAAUGUGAAUAUAAUGACUAAGUGGGUAAAGGCCAGAAGUGUGGAGCCAAGUCACAUGACUUGAUUCAAAAAAUUUGGUGACUUUAGACUUGACAAAAUCAAAAAAUACUUGCAACUCAACUUGGACUUUAACACCAGUGACUUGGACUUGAGCUUCUCACUUAAAAAUACACGAUACCUUCCCCCAAGCUAAAAGAUUAAAAAGUACGCUAUUUAAAAAGUGCGCCACGAAUCAACUUAUUUCCUGAAGCAGCUAAUAUUGAGGCUACUCAUUCCCAGUAUGUUGACUCUUAAUUCUCCAGAUCUGCUUUGAACCAAUGUGACAUCAUCCAAUCAAGUCGCAGGAGAGAACAUGAAGAACUAAUGGGACAGUUGGAAAAAAUUAGACCAAGUAUAAUUUAAUUCAUGUACAAAAACUAUGCGGUAUGCAAAACGUGCAGGUUGAAAAUGAUGGAUGGAGAUGCAACAACCGCAAAGUAAAAAACAAGUCAGUCUGCACACCACGUAGCUCCUGUUGAAGGAUUUUAAUGCAGUGACAUUUCGAGCCAUUCAGCUUUUCCUCAGACUUCUGUCUAGUGUGCGGACAUAUUUGUUUUUUACUUUGCCAGACAUUUCUUUAGUCCAGGACCCACUCCACUGGACGUUGUGUGCAUGUCUUUUGUAUGGUUUUUGGAGAUGCAACAACUUCCAACAAACUUGUUUUAACAAAUAAGAACAAGGUUUAAAAAGCAGUCAUGAUUUUUGAAAAUCUAUUAUUACUCUUGUUAAAAUGGCAUUACAUUUGGUGAGGAGCACAUUAUGACGUGUUCAGGACUCGAAACUCAAUGUUCACUUGGAACUUGUCUUGGAACUUGUCAGUCUUGACUCGGGACUUGAGUACAAAGACUUGAGACUUGUGAAAACAAUGACUACCAAAAGCAAACAAUAGAACAGCUAGAACAGUCUGGUAAGUUCUUUUUAAAACCAGGAAAAGAGAACACUUACAAUGCCAUGAUAUCCAAAAUCAAAGAUAAUAUCUAGUCUCAUAUCCUGAUAUUGAUAUAAUUAUCAAUAUACUGCCAAGCCUUAGAUGUAUCUGACCUAGAGCACAUUAUAGUUGACAUCCACAUCCCUUCUCAAUAUGUAGUUACAAAAGAAUCCCACUAAACUGAUGUGAAUCAAUGAUUUGGAUGUGAACGCAGAUGUUUGUUAUUAACUGUAUCCUCAGCCAUGAUGUUUUGUAUCUAUCCUGCUACAGUGUACAUUGUUACUCAGCUCUUUAGAUAUUGUAACAGCUCAGUUAAACCUUAGCUUUUAUACGUCCUAUUUCACGUUUGUGUCUAUUGAUAUUAAGCCCAUUUAUAAUGUAAAGGGCACAAAAAUAAACCAAUGUGUUUUGGUUUUUAAAACAAA